AUGAUCGACGACGACGAGCUCGAUGACCUCGUGCUGCAGGGUCACGGCGGCGCAAUUGCCGACCCGGACCGCCACGUGGAUGAUCCCAACGAGAAGAAGAAGGAAAAGCUGAACGCGAGGCUAAAGUGCGAGGUGGUCAAGAUCGCCGAGGAGGCUUCGAGGGAGCACGGGGUGCGGAUCUCGCCGAAGUUUGCCCAGUGCCUGACGGAGCUGACGAGCACGUACGUGCACACGCUGGCGGACGAUCUGGCGGCGUUCGCGCAGCAUCGUAAGGGUAAGGUGAUCACGCACGAUGACGUGCUGCUCGCGGUGAGGAAGAUGCCCAGCGUGCUCGAGGGAGUGCAUGCGGUGUUACCACCUGAUCUCGUCGCGAAGAAAAGUAGGCAACCCAAGCUCACGUUGUAG